AACAAAAGCUCGACAUUCAAUAUAAUGAAGCCUUCCUCAUUUUCCCUCUUCGUUCUCUUUGCCUUCUUCACUUCUUUAACCACAGCCAGGUUUCUCGUUGACAGUCAAGGCGAACCCAUUGUGAAUGGUGCCUCAUACUACAUCGUUCAUCCUAUCUGGCCAGGACCCGGUGGCUUGGAUCUUGCCAAGACUGGAAAUGAAACUUGCCCUCUUAGUGUUGUGCAACUGCCAUUUAGCAUUUUCCCUGAACGCGGCUUGCCUUGGACAGUUAAAUCCCCAUCAGAAAUUGUAAACAUCACAUCAAGCACUAAUGUGGACUUCUUCUCUGUUGAGGGAAAAGUACCAUCAUGUGUUCCUGUGCCGUCCAAGUGGACUAUUGUUGAGGGAGAAGAUGGGGUGAAGUCCGUGAAAAUCAGUGGGUACGAGAAAACUCUGCAGGGUUGGUUCAGGAUUCAACAAUAUUCUAUUCUCGCGAAUAAGAUUGAGUUCUGUCCCGUUAAUGGUGAUUCUUGUAAAGAUCUUGGGAUUUCCAGAGACAAUGAUGGAAACUCUCUUUUAGUUAUCACUGAUGAUAAUCCGCUUAUUGUUGUGUUCAUCAAAGCCGAAUCAUCUGAUGCACGUAGAGCCUCUAUCAUAUAAAGUGUAAUCGACUAUGAAUAAGCAAUGUGCAGGGUUAAGCUUAGCAAAUUCCUUGCACUUUGUGAUAAUUAAAUAAAAUUACACUUCAACUCUC